CAUCAACUGCAUCAAGAUAUGAGAUGAACUGCUGUAAAAAGACAAAGAUGUCGGGCACUCUUCCUGAGCCGAUUGAGCAAAAAUUGAAGAUUAUACUCGUUGGAUUGACUGGAGUUGGGAAGACUUCAGUCAUGAACACCCUUCUGAGAAAAGAGGAUCAAAAACAUGGACCUGACCCUUCCUCACAGACAACAGAGUGCAAGAUGGAGACAGUACCACAUGGUGACCAAGAACUGGUUAUUAUCAAUACUCCGGGUGUGCUGAACACAGAGAAAACAGAAAAAGAAGUGAAGAAAGACAUUGCGGAAAGCAUCGCAGAUGCUGCUCUUGAUGGCGGUCCUCAUGUGUUCCUGUUGGUGCUGCGGCCGGAUAGUUUUUCAAAGGAAGACAAAGAAGCAGUGGAAAUUAUUCAGAAGAUCUUUGGUGUUGGGUUCAAAGACUACACUUUGGUCUUGUUCACCCGUGGAGGUGAAUAUGUACCUACGUAUGAAGAAGUGAAGAAAAUUGAAUGCCUUAAGAAGUUCAUUCAUGGAGGUGAUUCUUUUCAUUCUUUUGAAAAUAAUGAAUGCAAGAAUGUAAAGGGUGAAGAAAAGGAAAAGCAAGUAACUGAUCUAGUGGAGAAGAUCAACAAAAUGGUUGCGAAAAACAGGAGGCGAAACGGGCCGCGUUACACCAAUAAAAUGUUGAAAAAGGCACAGGAAAUCCAAAAACAAAUAGAGAAGGAAAUGGAGAAGUCAGAACCUAAUGGCACGAAGGCAGAUAUUCUGUGUAAAAUGGUUGAGAAGAUUGCUAGUGGGGUGGUGGGUGAGCCAUUGGUAUGUUUUGUGAACGAUAUUUUUAAAUUAGUUGAGAAAAAAAUUAGUUGAGCCAGGUUAGCUCAGUGGGUAGAGCAGGCGCACAUAGACAUAAAGGUGUAUGCCUCAACACAGAAGGUUCAGGCUUCAAGUCUGACCUGUGACAAUUUCCUGCAUGUCUUUCCCCUCUCUCUUCAUGUCUAGCUGUCCUAUCCAUAAAAAAGGUGGAACUGCCCAAAAAGAAUCUUAAAGGGGUGAUAGAUUGAUUAUAUAGGAUAUUUCACACUGUUCCUUAAGGUCUCCAAAUAGGGUAUGUAACAUUGGUUGGGCUGAAAA